GGGCCGGUGGAAAAUAUGUAUGGGCCGGCCCAAUGAUAAUUCAGUUUAGGGUUGAAGCUAGUACUGGUGGAGUUGACUGUGGAAUCAGUAACCGUCGUCGGCGAUGGCUUCUUCGUUCUGUAAAUCAGCGGUGAGAGUAGCUUCCAGUUCCUUCGCUAAUCGUUCUAGAACCUUCGCUCAGAAACAAUCAAUCCCGCUUCUAUUCUCUUCGCAAGCUGCUCCUCCUCGUGUUUCAAGGAUUUUGUCCGUUGUUGGAAGCGUUGAAUCUUUGAUGCCACUUCAUACUGCCAUUGCUGAUGCUAGACUCACUUCUAAUAUCGCAUCCAAUUCCACUUGCUGGAGCAUGCUUUCUCAAGACUUUGCAGUUCCCCGGUGACAAAGACUAAAGAAUUCAAUCAUUUCAAUCCUUGUUGGGUUGUAUUAGAGUUAACGCUGGUUAUCAUCUUAAUCUUGGCCUAUUUACAAUAAACUUUUGUUAUUCUUAGUAAUGUAAACCUCCAUCAAUUUUCAGAAGCUUGAGAUAUAAGGCAUUACAUUAUUCUCAAAUUUGAUGAAUCAGCAUUCACCUCCCAGUCUUUUGAAUUAUAGGAACUAUCAGGUAUUCAUAAAAUAAUAUUACAAUUUGACAUGAUUGUAGAAAGACAACCUAGUACAUUGUAUCGCAUUGUGUUUUGUUAUGUUAUUUGAUGUCAAAUAGUAUAAAAUGGGCAUUGACUAAUAAUGAAAAUUAUAGAUAUUUCCUUA